CCCAUUCUUCGCCUCGGUACGCCACAAUGCAAGUGUUUGCAAAACUCAAAAGCGAAACCGGAAACGUCGGAGUUCGAACUUCGUACUGCCAUUUUGUUAUGCGUUUCUGAUCGUCCUGUCAUUCCUAUGUCUGAUUUUUCUGCUAUAACACAUUUACACUCAUGCUAAUAAAACCUCUGGAUGAAUUGUACUUGCGCUCUGCUUGAUAGAAAAUGCGACUAACGAGCUGGAUAAUGUCCUCUUAUUCCGCAGCAGCGCUGCGAGAUUUUCGCACACUGUUCGGCCGCGACAUCGCUGCAGUAAUUGGGGCCGUUCAUGUUCCCGCUCUUCCCGGCACUCCUAAGCACUCUCAGUCCUUGGCGAGAAUCAUCGAUCAUGCCUGCGACGAUGCAGAGAAAUAUCUAAAGCAUGAAAUGGACGGACUGAUUAUCGAGAACACCCACGAUAUUCCCUACGUGAAAGACAAACUGACGCCCGAGACGACAGCCAGUAUGACGCGAGUGUGUGCGGAGUUACGCCAGCGUUUUCCCCGCAUUCCGCUGGGUGUGCAGAUCUUGGCGGGGGGAAAUUUGGAAGCCAUGGCUGUGGCGCACGCCUGUGAUCUGGAUUUUAUCCGCGCGGAAGGAUUCGUCUUCAGUGCCAUUGCGGAUGAGGGCUUCAUGGAUGCGUGUGCGGGUGAAUUGCUGCGGUUUCGGAAGAAUAUCGGUGCGGAGAAAGUCAAAAUAUUUGCUGACAUCAAGAAAAAGCACAGCUCGCACGCCAUCACGGCUGACUUGACGGUGCACGAUGUGGCGCACGCGGCGGAAUUCUUCGCGGCUGACGGUGUGAUUAUCACGGGAAAAAGCACCGGCCAGGCGGCCGACCCACAGGAAGCAGCCGACGCCAUGAAAACGAGCCAUUUGCCGGUAUUAUUGGGAUCCGGAGUGACGCGCGACAAUCUGCACGCCUUCGCCAAUCACUGCCACGGGAUGAUCGUGGGAUCGGACUUUAAAGAGGGCGGGAAGUGGUACAAUUCCGUGGACGAGCAGCGCAUCCGCAGCUUCAUGGAAACCCUGAAAAAGCUCAGGGAAAGCAUGGCGAAACAGGAGACGCCAUCGCACCGAAAGCCUUCCACCUCGGAUUUUAUUUGAGCGACUCAUUGCUUAAAUGGACGGCAUUUAUUCCUCCUGCAUCAUUUAUGCCGAUGUGGAUUUUAUCCUGUGUUCUUGAACAAUGGUGCCCUUUUGUGUUUUUAUAUUUUGACGGUUUUGUGGAAUUACUUUGUUUAACGAUAUGAUUUUUUUUUCACAAAACAUGUGUUACACUUUUACGCUGGUUGGUCCAAAAUAUUUCUUGUUGAAUAAAAUGCAAAAAGAGACGAUACGA